UAUUAUCCAUGAAAAAAAAACAAAAAAAAUGGAGGAAAUUAAAGAAAACUGUUCUGUAGCAAUGACUUGAUUGAAUGGUAAAAACAAAAGAAAACCAAAAAUGCAAAGCCGCGUACCCUUUCUUCCAUCAAAAAAAUAUUAAAAAAAAAGAGAAAAAAAAAAAGAAAAAAAAAGAAGAAGAAAAGAAGUUAGCUGGUCAGCACUCUCCCAUCCGAUGUUUCCCAGCAGCAACAAGAAACCCCAUUUAACAUUUAUAACAUCACAUUAAUAAACAAACAAGUCUCCUGUUCUUUUAAGUUUUUAUACAUUGGGUUCUCCUCAUUUCUUCCGUUCUUUUCUACAUAUCACUCAGAUCCAUAUUUUCUUCCCCUUUAUAAUUGAAGACAUAAUAUAGUGUAAUUGAUGAGACUUCAUUAGAUGAGGACAGGGUGAAGUGAUUCAAAGGAAUUGUGGUUGUUCCAUGGGCAAUACAUGCCGUGGAUCUUUCAAAGGAAAAACUUAUCAGGGCUACAAUCGGCCCGACGAGCAAUCCACUACCACUGCCUCCAAUUCCAAGCGCAACGCCUCUGAUCACUCCAAUUCUGAGUAUUCCAUUUCUAGUCUAACCCCCCAAGAACUCAACCCGAAGAAGGACAGCAACUUACCUCUCAUUAGCCCCACCAAGAAAGAUACGAUAAUGAGGCGCGCUGUUGAUAGCCAGGCUUAUUAUGUUUUAGGCCACAAAACUGCAAACAUUCGUGAUCUUUACACUUUAGGUCGUAAAUUAGGACAGGGACAAUUUGGCACUACUUAUUUAUGCACUGAUAUUUCGACAGGGAUUGCGUAUGCUUGCAAGUCAAUAUCCAAAAGGAAGUUGAUUUCCAAGGAGGAUGUUGAGGAUGUUCGGAGAGAGAUUCAGAUAAUGCACCAUUUGGCAGGUCACAAGAAUAUUGUGACCAUUAAGGGUGCAUACGAGGAUCAAUUGUAUGUUCAUAUUGUAAUGGAGCUUUGCUCUGGAGGAGAGCUGUUUGAUAGGAUCAUCCAAAGGGGGCAUUACAGUGAGAGGAAGGCAGCUGAGUUGACUAAGAUUAUUGUAGGGGUUGUGGAGGCUUGCCACUCGCUAGGGGUUAUGCAUAGGGAUUUAAAGCCAGAGAACUUCUUGUUGGUGAAUAAGGAUGAUGAUUUCUCACUCAAAGCUAUCGAUUUUGGACUCUCUGUUUUCUUCAAACCAGGUCAAGUUUUCACUGAUGUUGUUGGAAGCCCAUAUUAUGUUGCUCCAGAGGUACUCCUCAAGCAAUAUGGGCCAGAAGCUGAUGUGUGGACAGCUGGGGUCAUAUUGUAUAUAUUGCUUAGUGGAGUGCCACCAUUUUGGGCAGAAACACAACAAGGAAUAUUUGAUGCUGUGUUGAAGGGAUAUAUUGACUUUGACUCAGACCCAUGGCCUGUAAUAUCUGACAGUGCCAAAGAUCUCAUCCGGAAGAUGCUUUGCUCUCGACCUUCAGAUCGCUUGACUGCUCAUGAAGUUCUAUGUCAUCCUUGGAUCAAUGAUAAUGGAGUUGCUCCUGAUAGAGCACUGGAUCCAGCUGUACUUUCUCGUCUUAAGCAGUUCUCUGCAAUGAAUAAAUUAAAGAAGAUGGCUUUACGGGUAAUAGCUGAAAGCCUUUCUGAGGAGGAAAUUGCUGGUCUGAAAGAAAUGUUCAAGGCUAUGGAUACUGACAACAGUGGUGCAAUCACAUUUGAUGAACUCAAAGCUGGUUUGCGAAGAUAUGGCUCUACCUUGAAGGAUGUAGAGAUACGUGAUCUCAUGGAUGCUGCUGAUGUGGACAACAGUGGAACAAUCGACUAUGGAGAAUUUGUAGCUGCUACAGUUCAUCUUAACAAAUUAGAGCGUGAGGAACAUCUUGUUGCAGCAUUCCAAUAUUUUGACAAGGAUGGAAGUGGUUAUAUAACGGUCGAUGAGCUUCAGCAAGCUUGCGCUGAACACAACAUGACCGAUGUUUUACUUGAGGACAUAAUUAAAGAAGUUGAUCAAGAUAAUGAUGGAAGAAUUGACUAUGGUGAAUUUGCUGACAAGAUGCAAAAAGGCAAUGCAGGCAUUGGUAGACGAACAAUGAGAAACAGUCUGAAUAUGAGCAUGAGAGAUGCACCAGGGGCCAUAUAGCUUGGGAAUAUAUGAUGUACAGCGUUCUGUUGGUUGAUUUUUGAAGAACAAGGAUCUUUAUGGUUCAUUUUUGUACUCCAGGCAGUGCAUGGAACCCCGGGUUGAAAAACUUCACCGUAUGCUAAUGAUGGGGAUUAACUCUACACGUGUCAAUCAUAGGAGUCUUGCAUGAUGAAUUGAAAACCAGAAACGGGUCCUUGUAAUUGUGAGUAAUUGCCACAGUUGAUCAAAAAAGAAAAUUUUCCAAUAUUACAUGUUGUAAUCUGUAUUUGUGCUACACGGACUUCGGAGAGAAUGAACACAGCAGCAUGUAGUGCUGCCUCAUG